AUGUCAGAGCAGCAGAAACCGAUUGAGAAGCUGCAGAUUUAUCCAACAUCUAACGCGGGUGUUUCCCCUUUUUGGCGAGAGAAGUAUGAAAAGGAUGCUAAAAAGUAUUGGGAUAUAUUUUACAAGCAUCAUGGAGACAGAUUUUUCAAAGACCGGCACUAUUUGGACAAGGAAUGGAAUAGCUACUUUUCCGCUAGUGGAAAAAAAGUCAUUCUUGAGGUUGGCUGUGGAGCUGGAAACACUAUUUUUCCUUUGAUUGCCACAUAUCCACACAUUUUUGUUUAUGCAUGUGAUUUUUCACCACGAGCUGUUGACUUGGUGAAGGCUCAUGAUGAAUACACAGAAACGCGCGUGUGCGCAUUUCCUUGUGACUUGACCGGGGAUGGUCUUGACAAGCACAUUUCUCCAUCUUCAGUUGAUAUUGUGACCAUGAUUUUUGUUUUAUCUGCGGUAUCCCCAGAGAAGAUGCCCUUUGUGUUGCAGAACAUUAAGAAAGUACUUAAGCCAAAUGGGUGUAUACUCUUCCGUGACUACGCUGUCGGUGAUCUUGCUCAGGAAAGGUUUUCUGGGAAGGAUCAGAAGAUCAGCGAGAACUUUUAUGUCAGAGGUGAUGGCACUCGUGCAUUCUACUUUUCUAAUGAAUUCCUAGAGAGCUUGUUUUCCCAACACGGUUUUGAAGUUGAAGAGCUUGAUGUUUGCUGCAAACAAGUUGAGAAUCGUUCUCGCGAACUUGUCAUGAAUCGGCGUUGGGUCCAAGCUACAUUUCGUCUAUCAAACAAUUCCAAACUAGACCAAUCUGAACACCAGAAUAACAUUCAGCCUAAAUCUGAUGAUGGACAAACAAAAGAGAUCGUAGAUAAUAGUGAUAUUGACAUAUCCGAUGGUCUGGCGAUGGAAAUGUUCGGAGCCUCCCCAUCAAAUCAUGAGAUAAGCGUGGUUAAGCUUAGAGAUUCGUCUUUCAAAAUCAAACUCUUGUCCAAAGAAUAUCAACACACUUGCAAAUCUACCGGAUUAAUGCUCUGGGAGUCUGCUCGGCUUAUGGCUUCUGUUCUUGACAGGAACCCGAACAUCGUUUCAGGGAAACGAGUGUUGGAAUUGGGUUGUGGCUGCACAGGGAUCUGCUCCAUGGUCGCUGCGAGAUCAGCUAAUCUUGUGGUAGCUACCGAUGCAGACACGAAGGCACUUACGCUGUUAACAGAGAACAUCACAAUGAAUCUUGAAUCUUCUUUAGUGGGAAGACUGAAAACUGGUGUUCUUGAAUGGGGAAACAAAGAGCAUAUAGAAGGUAUUAAAGGUUUAGCUUGUGGUGGAGGGUUUGAGGUUAUCAUUGGGACAGAUGUUACCUAUGUAGCUGAAGCCAUUAUACCUUUGUUUGAAACCGCUAAAGAGUUGAUCUUGCGGAGAAGAGGGGACUCUGAGGAGGUUCAAGAAAAGCCGGCGUUGAUUCUGUGCCAUGUUUUCAGAAGAGUUGAUGAGCCUUCUCUCUUGUCAGCUGCAUCUAAGUUUGGGUUUAAGCUUGCAGACAGAUGGGCUGUGAAUUCCAAGGAUUCUCCUAUCGGAAAUGUCGUUGAGAGUUGGUUUUCCGAUAAGGAUUUGGUCUCGGAGAUCCCGAGUUCGGCGUUGCAUAUUCUCUACUUUCAGAUGGAGUAA